AUGCCAAGAUUUGAUAUCGCGAAAAAACGUUUGAAGCAUUAGGGGCACUUUAAGUCUCAAUACAUGUAUGUUUGGCUUUCGAAAGUAACGUAGUUACGUAGAACAAAGUUUGCAAACUAUAUAGCACAAUUGUUUUCAUAUAUAAGUUAGAACCUCGUAUUUAACUACGUACUUGUACCAUUAAUUAAUGGUACUUUAUUAAACCUAUAGAAACGUUACCCAAAUCAUAUGUUCCGAGCGCUGUUCCAUUGUUCGCUGGCCGAGAAGAUGAAAUUGAACAAAUUACAAACCUUAUAACUGGUCAAUCAACACGACUGGUAAACAUCUGGGGAUCUCCUGGAUUUGGUAAAACAUCCACAGCUAUUGAAGUAGCACGUCGUCUUUUGUCUCUCACCUGCCCUGUGUAUUUUUUUAAAUUACAGGGUAUUAGAACAGCAGAUGAAUUUUUAUCUAAAAUUUUAAGUAUUUUUAAGACUAAUUUAGCUGAUCUUAGUUUACCACCUAUUGACAAGCUAGUAAGUAUUCUAAGAGAACUUUCGUCUCGAAUUUUUCUUAUAUUUGAUAAUCUUGAUGAUCUUCUGUCGAGUGAAAACUGUUCCGUUAGACUUGCGGGUUUAUUUGGACAAUUGUUAGACAGUAAUGUUAACGUUAAUGUAGUUUUUACAACAAGGGAGCUUUUAGAAAAUAUGCGCGAUCUAAUAGAAUGUUUUCGAGACAUCCGAAUUCGACCCCUUCAUCCAGUUUCGUCUGUUGAAUUUGUUCGUCAACUUCUUCCUUCAUUUUCUGAAAGUGUUGUUGCAAAUGUGGCUAGAAUUUCUUCCAAUGUUCCUCUGGCUAUAAAACUUGUUGCUUCGAUAGUUGAAAACAAUAAUGAAGAUAUGGCGAAUAAAAUACUUGCAGAAUUAAAUCUUUCUGGAAAUCUUUUAGAGAUAGACAGGUCAUACGAGCAAAACAUGAAAGGGUUAUUCGAUACUCCUUUUGAGCAGCUGUCAUUAAGUGACAAACGCGCGCUGAUUUCGUUAAUCGUAUUUUCAUCCGGUAGAAUAAGUAAAGAUGCUGCAGUUGAUGUUAUUUCUGAUGAAAUUGGUGUUGUGAAAGCUGUCGGGAGCCUUAAAACACUUAUGAAGAAAUCACUAAUUGAUGAAGAUCCCUGUGCAGAAUAUUACUCUAUUCACCCUCUCAUUCAUUCUUUUGUUGCAGAUAAAGCAAAACAAAGCGAUUUUAAGAAUGUCUUUCAAUCCUCUAGAAUUCGCUUUUGUAGGUAUUACUUUCUUCUUUUUGAAAGGUUUCAUGACGAUUUUCUUUCUGGGAAUUCGGUGGACACUCCCCAACUGCAAGACGCAAUGGAGCAUCUAUCGAUUGCUAUUCAUUAUUUUACGACAAGCACGUGUAGUUCAGAAAAUUGUCAAGAUCUUUUUCGCAUCUUGUCCAAGUCUGAAAUAUUUCUUUUUCUUAUUGGUUUACCCUCCCUUGAAUCGCUAGAUAUUUCCAAAUUAUAUGAUUUUGCUAUAGAAAAAUGCAGAACAGAGCAAUACAUCGACGCUUACUCAAAGUUGCAUGUCAGCAAGUAUUUUCUAAGUAUUGCCUUUCCACUGUUUUUCUCAUCUAAGUAUUUAGAAAAUUUAGAAAUACCUAAACAUAUACGUGAAAAUGUCAUGCUGUUAUCGGAUGGUAGUGCAGCAAAAUUAGGUUGUUAUGAAGGAAUUUCACUUAUUUCCAAAGGAAAUAUAAAGUCAGGUAUUGAAUGUAUUGAAAAAUAUGUCGAUGGUUUGCAAAAUUGCGCAGACCAACAACUUGUAAAAUGUUUAUGCUUGCAGCUUCUUACUCUUUUUUAUACUGACUCCAAAGAGUACAGCAAAUCAAGGAAAUUGAGUAAAGAGGCCACUGAGGUUUGUAAAGAAAUUGGUAAUUACAAUAUCUUUUUAAUUGGUGAUUGUGAUGAGACUUUAUCUAUGACGCAAAGGGAAUAUAAAGGCGAGCAAUUAAUAUUGUUUGUCUAUCUUUUAACUAGAUGGUCAAUACAAAUUUUAAGUGAUGAGACACAACUUUACUUUUUAAAUUUUGUUGAUCAAUUAGAGCGGCAGGUAGAAAAUAAGGCAUACAAUGCUUCACAAUAUUUAUUUCGAAUAUUCACAUACGGUGAUUGUCUUUUAGCUGAUCUUGGUGUUUGUGUAGGACAAGAAGUUCUUUUGGAUGAAAGGAUCACGUUUCUUGAAAAAUCAGUGAUGUCUGAUGACUGUUGUUCCUUGACAGAUAGAAUAUUUCCGAUGAUAUCAGAGAUGUCUGUGAGUUGUUUUUCUGCGCGAUUGCUCAAUUGCUAUAAUUUUCAAAUCGAUAAUGAAAAAAAACAAGGUCUAAGAGUUGACACAUGUCGUAACGCACUUGAUCUUUCACUUAAGCAAUAUGGUAAACAACGUUGGGAAACCGCGUUCUGUUACCUCAAAAUGGGCUUGGCUGAGAAUAAUGCUGAGAAUUAUAUUUCUGCUCUUAAUGCAUUUGAUCAGGCCCUUGAAAUUAUGACAGCCAUUCAUGAUGGGAGCAGCAGCUGUAAUGUUCAUUUAGCCGAGGUUUAUAUCGGGAAAGGAGAAGCGUAUAAAUGGCUAAACAAAUUUGAAUCUGCAGCUGCGUCUUUUGAUGAAGUACUUAGAAUAAAAAUGAAAUUGUGCGAUGAAGGUACUGAAGAAAUCGCUGAAAUCUUAGUUUUGCUAGGGCAAUCGCAGUUGGGUUUCAAUGAUUCAUCUUCUGGUCUUGCAACACUUGAACAGGCUCUGCAAAUAUGGGAAACACUGCAUGCUGAGAAGCCAAGCUCCAAUAGGUAUAUACGUGGUGCAGUUGAAUGUUACUGUAUGAUUGGACAGGUGCAUAACGCGCUUGGCAACAACACUGAAAGUAUAAAAUGUUUCAAAACUGCACUUGAAGUUAAUACGCAUUGCGAUCAAGAACGUUCAAUUAUGCAAAGUGUAAUUUUUAUACAUCUUAUAGAUUUGAAGGUAGAUGAAAACAUGUACAUGGAAUUGUUGGAAAGUAGUUUAUCAUUAAUCAAAGAAAGUCAUAAGCCGUUCUUACCUAUACUAUAUUUGAGAUUAGGUUCAAUACAAGUUGAGUCCGGAAAGUAUAAAGCUGGCCUAGCGUUCCUUCAAGAAGCUCUUGAUAUUGAGUUAGAGAUCACACUGAGAAGCAAUUUUAUUAUUCGAGAGGUAACGGUUAUAUUUCACAUCUCAAUGGUUAAAGCUUUAAAUAAUAUUGGAAAGUUUAAAUUGGCGAGAAAGGUAAUUGACAGAUCUACCCAAAUAGCAGAAUCACUGCCAGAAGUAAGCCAACAUCUUUGGAUCUUUCGAUGUUAUACGUGGAAGGGUCACAUUCAAAACAAAAUGCGGGAAUAUAUAACAGCAAUUGAUUCCCUUAAACACGCACUUCUGCGACUUCCGAAAAUUUCUGAUGAAUCCUGUUAUAAACUCGAAGAAUUUGAGUGUCGUAGGGCGUUUGCAGUAGCUCAUUUCUAUGUUGGGUCUUAUAAAGACGCGCUUACGUCAUUUUAUGACGCAUUGUCUGUCAUUAAAAGUCGUUUUCCUGAGGGAAGCGUAGCUGAAGCUGAAGUAUAUCUCCUUGUGGCCAACGUUACCCAAAAAAUGAAAAACAAAACUUUGGAAGUGAGUAACUUGCGCUUGGCGUAUAAGAUGUAUUCUAAAGUUUUAGGAGAAAACCACUCCCAGACAGAAGUAACAUAUAUUGCAUAUGCCAGAGCUCUUAUACAGUAGGUCUACGUUAAUUGCCAUAUAAUCGUCAUACCAAGUAAAAUCGUAAACAUCAAUGUCUGGACUAUCAACGGCGCAUUGUGAGACACAGUCGAUUGUUAAUUGAAAUUCAUUGCUGCACUUCGUCAAUAUUCGUACGCGACAUUGCAUGCAGUUGUGCGGUUUUUUGGAGUCCAUGCACCACUUCUAAGAAUAUUCUUAGUAUUUCCAGCAGCAACUUGUUUCAAUUUCUUCCAUGACAAGAAUUUGCAAUUGCAUCACCAAGUUUUAAUACAAAUAAUGUGUACCGUCAUAUGGCCUAUAUAUGGCUGCUGCUUUCACUUUCCAUAAAUAUUUUAAUUAUAAAAUUUGAUAGCCGUAGACAACAAAGCAGUUGUCUACAAUAUAGCAACACUCCAUCACAUUACAUGUACCAAUGCACCACACAUGACAUCUAGAUUUCAACUGUACAUAGCUUACCGAUAACUUAGUCAUGUCCUAUAGUACGAAACUGGUACAGACAGAGUUUAAAACGCUUCAUGUGAACAAGCUAGAUUUUUGGAGGGACUGUACUUCUUAUUUACGCACAAGUAAAUCUGAGAGCUCUGGCAUACCUCCAUUAAAAUUCAACGACAAUUUUUUUGUUUCUGAUAAAUCGAAAGCUGGCGCCCUUAAGGAUUCUAGUUGGGAUUUCAUCAAGACCACAGGCUUUACCGGGGUUAAGUUCGUAAGAAAGUUGCUUAGCUGCACCUUGGGAGUUGAUGAUCAAAUCUUAGAUGGAAGUGUAUGGAGAUUGACCUUUAUUUGGAAUUGGAGUAUUCUCACGGGUGAAUACUUAUAUACUGAAUAGAACUGGGAGUUAACUCAUUCUCAUCCGGUCGAAAUGUAGCAAUUUUGAGUAGUGUUGUUUUAAACGCAAAUAUCUUUCAAACAAUACAUCGUAUGGAAACAGAAAUUGCAUCGUUCGAAAGAGGAGAACUUCCACUUUCCAACGAUACCAAUUUCAAUUUUAUCACAAGUUUGGUUGACGUAAUAACGUGCAUAAAUUUGCAUAAAUUAUGAUAUGAAAAAUGUUGCAAUUAUGCAUAAACGUAUAUUUACCGGUUCAAAUUUCAAAUAUGUCAACAAUUUUAUGAAUGUAACAGAGAGAGACAGUUUUUAUCUACAAGUACCCGAAGUUAAGUUUCAUGCAUGUAGCAUAAAUGGAAGUAUUUUUACUGAAUUUUUGAAUGAACUAUGUACUAGACUAAAUUUACAUUUUGUGCUCACAUGAAACAAAUAUCCUUUUCAAAGGUUCUUUUUCAUUGCUGCAGCAUAUUAUCAAUACUUAUCACCACAUUUCCAAUAUUUCUUACUCUCUUAAAGAACUUUCUCCAUCAAUUUCGCACUGGCUUUGUUUUGGAGGGACUGUACUUCUUUUGAAGGUUUAACUGUGGAUACCUCUAUAAUUAUUUUCAUCCAUUCAUGGACCAAGUUGUUAAGGAGCAUUUAACUUUAAAGAGGAUCGAUGCUCUCGGUCUUACGAACAAAUUUUUUAAAACGUGUGGGAAUAGGGAGAAGUAUAGAGGAAUGCAUAUAAUGCCUUGCUUGGUGUGUUCCUGUUCGUAAGCUCUUUAAUACUAUCUAUUUUGCAACAACGGUUUGGACAACUACAACAAUAACCGCAGCAACAAUUAACAGGCAUAGGGUCAUGUUUGAAGGUCAGGUGAAUAAGGACGAAGAUUUGACAUUCGGUGGGGAUGGAUCCAGCCACAUCUGGUAGUCUAAGAGGGUGCUCGGCAAGUUUUGGUCAUGGCUCAUGAUGCGAUAUUGACAAAGUGUCUGAGGGAUCGAGUUAUGGCAGCAAGGCACUAGUUUGUGGUCUUGCAUUUCACAAUCAUAUUACUGUCUCGUUUUGCUGUAUUUCUGUUUUUGUAAGUGCUUUUUCAAGUUUAAAAAUGGAAUUGAUACAGAAGACUAAGGCUAUAAGCGGGGUGUUCGAUCAUGCAGACUGUGCUGAGUUUGGUUUAUUUUGCAUUUAAGGCAAUGAGGAAUCAGACGCCUUUUUUCGCCUAAUGAGGAAUCUGACGCCAUUCUCUCAUACCGCUAUAGCCCAAGCUUCGGUAUUGUUUGACUCUAAGUAAAACUGCGUUACAACUUUCAAUUUCGACAAAUAUUCUUAUUCCAAAUUCUUCAACUUCUAUUCUUCAUAUCACAUGCGGAGGAACAUGGACUGAAAAACUUUGCCAUUGUGUGCUUCAAUUGAUUUACUUUGUAAUUCUUAUUUACUCGUUGUGAAGUUAAAACUGUUUCCUGCUUAUACCUUUCGAGCAUAGUCGAAGAAGCUUUAUUUCAAAGGCGGACGGGACGAGGAUAUUGAAGAUUUUUCCUCCAUUAUGUCAAAAUUGACUUGAAAAUUAAAUUAACCUUUUUCAUACGAAAAAUGAGACUGGAUGUCUAGGGUGAGACGAGGAUUAUGAUCUCGUUAUCGUAACUGUUGUAAGCAAAAGAGCUAGAAAAUUCAUGUUUUUUCACUAUUUUCCCUUACAGUGGUCAAAUUAUUUCCUGCAAUAAAUUGUUGCAAUAAAUAAUUGGACUUCCUGCAAUAAAUGUCAGAAUAACAAUUGGUAUUGUCUCGGUUAUAGGCGGGAGUUAGGAGCAAUUAUAUAUGACAAAAUCAUGACUUUCAUGCAGGACCUGCGAAGAAAAUCUAGAUAAUUUUUUAAUUUUUUAAUUUUGAAAUAAACCUUUUAACUACAUGCUCAUUUCAGCCAAGCCUUGAAAACGGCGUUUAUGUUGAGAUUUUUCAUCCCAGUUAUAGCCGAUAGCUUAACGGUACCAUCAAUGCCAGAAUCAUAUAAUCCAUACAGCUCGCUACAAGUUGUAUUUUGUUGUCAUUUGCUACAGUAAUAUGAGCAAGAGAUUCACUGAACUAUUAACGAGCUUCUCAAAGCGUGGUAUUUUGGUGACCUAAGAUUGAAAACGAAAUACAAUUUGCAGGAAAUGUUCGUGCUGCAUGUAAAACCAUGCAUGUUAAUUCUUUGUUAACCGAAUAAUUUAAUCAAGUAUGGUUGAUAAAGAAUACCGGCCUAUAUGCUGUUCUAUUAAACCUGCAUCUAAAUAGGUUGAAGCAAAUCAUAAAAAAUUGCGAUAGCAUUGCCAGUUGCUAUAUGGCUGGAUUGCCACUGAAAAUCUCUAAUGCAUGAUUGAAUUAAUUAUAAGUACGCACGAAAUCAAUUAUUAAUAUAUUAGUAGUAGUUUAGUGCAAGCAUAUUUCCAAGAUAAGCGUAUUUCAGUAUUUUAUUUUAAUAUUAGUAUAGGUAAUCAUGCGAUGUUGCUCGUACAAUUAGGGAUUAAUAGUACGAGUGAUGUUUGGAAAUUUUGCCAAAAUUGUACGGGCCAUUUAGCAAAUUUCCAAACAUCACGAGUACUAUUAACCCUUAUUGUACGAGCAGCAUCGCAUGAUUACUUGUUUAUUAUUAGCAUGACAAAAUUGGAUACUUCUCAAUGUCAACAUAAUAUUCUCUCGCCAAAGCCCAGUCCUGUCAGAUUAUCAACCAAAAUUUGGUGCUUUUGUUCGUAUUUUCAUUUAGUUAUUUUGUUAAAUUAAAGCAACAUUUGGUGCUUUUGUUCGUAUUUUCAUCUAGUUCCUCUAGGGCAAUUUCAUUUCACAUUUAUAUUUUGUUAAAAUACCUUUCCGCCAUUUUGUUUGUUUUGGGAAAAUCAUUAAUUGUACUGCAGUACAAUUGAUGAAAUAAUUGUACUCCUCUCAACCAAUCAGUAUCCAGUAAUUUUGUCAUGCUAAUAAUAAAUAGUUAAAAAGCAUUUUUGUAUUGUAUGAAUAUAAGUUACUUUAAUUUUUUCCAUGCACUGCAUUACUUUACCUAUAGUAUACUCAGGGAGGCUGGAACGAUAAAAGGGACACGUCGAGUCGAAUCUAAGAAUGGUCCGACCGAUCGUAAGAUGCAUGCAUAUGAUAUCAUUCGUCAAGUUAGCACAAAUGUACCGUGAGGAAAUUUUUCAGACCGGAAGUCAAAAUAUACUAGAAAGAUGUGCGAUUCUAAUUUUUUCUUCUAUAAUUUUGAAUUAUGACCACAAUUUGCUAUAUAACCAUGAAGUAUAGACUAUUUUUCAUCUCAAUUUAUAUUGUUCUAGAGGCUGAUAUGUCUAAAUGAUAAUGACGUUUGAGAUUAUAACAAGUCAUUUCCUUUCAGCGAAAUAUUGCCGAAUUGGAGAAAUCCUUGCCUUGUUCCAGCGUCCUAAUUGCAUAUAAAAUUUAAAUAUAAAAUGUGACUUUAGAUAAGUGAUAACACUAAAUUUGCUCACAUUUACGAGAGACAAAUGGAUAGGAAACUGAGAAGAUGUUUUGCUUUUUUAGUGCAUCUUAUUACUCUCAGCUUAAUUAUAACGCUCAUUUUAAAGAGUUGCGUAAAUGCGAACGGGUUUGGUGGCCACAUUGUUUUGUCGCAUCUCUAUUUCAUCCAAUAUAAUACUGUAUUAAAAACUAUGUAAAAUAAAAACGACAUGUUUGGCAUUUGAAAGAUGGAUACAAAAAUUCUUUUGUAAUAAUUACGAUGCUAGACUUUUUUCAAUAUUUCAUAAUUGUCCUGAUCUCAUUUCACUCUGCGAUUUUUGGAGCAAUUUCAGGAUGAUGAUAUAUUUAAUGACGAGUAUUUUUUAAUGCACCAAUUCGUUAAGCGAAUAUUCUAGGACAAUUAAGAAAACAACUAUGACACACACAAUGUUGUGGGAGAAGGGUUGUCGAGGAGAAAUGCUCCGAUUAUACUUUAAACUGUGGCCAAAGUGUCGCCCCACAGACUCACUAUUACAGCAAUAUGAUUAUGAUAUAAUUAUAUGUCCUCAGAGGGUCGUGG